GGAAAUGCAGGACGAGGGGAGGGCGCGCGCGCAAAGGCCGUAGGCGAGAGGCCGGGCGUCACAGGUCCUGACAGGGAAGAAGUAGACAGGUCCUGGCAGCGGAGAGCAGUGGCUACGGCGCCUCCCGAUCCAGUGGGAUGGAGUUGCGAAUCUCAGACGCGCGGGCUGACGAGACGGAACUAUCCGCAGGAGGGGCCCCAGCUACAGGCGGCGCCGCUCGGGGACCCGCAGUCUCGGUGCCCCUGGGAGCCGCCCGGUGGAAGCUCCUGCGGCAGGUUCUGAAGCGAAAACACCUGGAUGAUUGUCUGCGACAUGUGUCUGUAAGAAGAUUUGAGUCAUUUAAUCUGUUUUCAGUAACAGAAGCCAGAAAAAGGAAAAAUGAAGAGGAGGUUGAUGCAUGGGUGCAAUAUACAAGCAUCUUUUAUCCUGAAUACAGUAUCUCCUUAAGGCAUAAUAAUGGAUCCUUAAAUGUGGAAGAUGUUCUUACCAGCUUUGACAAUACAGGAAAUGUUUGCGUCUGGCCGUCUGAAGAGGUUUUGGCUUACUACUGCCUCAAGCACAGUAAUAUAUUCAGGGACCUUGCUGUGUGUGAGCUAGGGGGUGGCAUGACAUGCUUGGCUGGGCUCAUGUUUGCUAUUUCUGCAGAUGUCAAAGAAGUUCUGUUAACUGAUGGGAAUGAAAAGGCCAUCAGAAAUGUGAGAGACAUCAUCAGAAGAAAUCAGGAGGCUGGUGUAUUUAAGACUCAGAAAAUAUCAAGCUGCGUUUUACGAUGGGAUAAUGAGACAGAUGUCUCUCAACUGGAAGGACAUUUUGACAUUGUUAUGUGUGCUGACUGCCUCUUUCUGGACCAGUACAGAGCCAGCCUUGUUGAUGCAAUAAAGAGAUUACUCCAGCCCAGGGGGAAAGCAAUGGUAUUCGCCCCACGCCGAGGGAAUACUUUAAACCAGUUUUGCAAUCUAGCUGAAAAAGCUGGUUUCUCUAUCCAAAGACAUGAAAAUUAUGACGAACACAUUUCAAACUUCCACUCCAAGCUGAAAAAGGAAAACCUGGACAUGUAUGAAGAAAACCUUCAUUACCCACUUCUGCUUAUCUUAACCAAAAAUGGAUAGAAAAUUAAGCUACUCAGAAGAUGAAGAAAACAUCAAGGGCACAAGGAAUAUUUUCACAAAGACAGAAAUCUGUAAUGAGUGUAAUAUUUAGAAAGUCACUAUCUCCCUGAGAGUUUUAAACACCCAGGAUUUGGGGCCAUGCUCUUUGCAACAUUCCGUGUGUGGGUUCUGGACUCCAUUUGCCUUCACUCACAUUAUUCUCUAGCUAUCCUCGCCCAGCUCCCUCACCUCUUCUUUUUACAGUCUGCUUAUUGCUCUUCCAAACCUUUGUUUGUUUUUAAAUAUGUGUAAGCGACCUGUCUCAGAUUGGAAUUUGACUCUGGAGCAACUUAAAUAUUUUUCCCUCUGAGAUAGAAUUUCUUUAGGCGAUUCCCACCCCUUUAAAAAAAAUAAAC